GACAGCAUGGUCUGGGUGUGAGGACAACAGGAAGACACUUCUUCUUCUUCUUCAUCUUCUUCUUCUUCUUCUUCAUGUAGAACCAGAGUGGUGACAUCCACAGAUCACCUGCACCCAGGUCAGAAGCAACAGGAGGAGGAAGAGGAGGAGGGGGAAGAGGAGUACGAGGGGUCUGUUUGUCUCUUUUUAUUUUUUUGUUGGAUUUGGGAGCUGGACCGCAUGCAUGACACAACGCAAAGGGGAGAAACCCACCAUCAGCAUCCAGGAGCACAUGGCCAUUGACGUGUGCCCCGGCCCCAUCCAGCCCAUCAAGCAGAUCUCAGACUAUUUCCCCCGUUACCCCCGGGGUCUCCCCCCCUGCGCGCCCCAGCUGGUGGGCAAAGCCGGGCCCCCGAGCUCCUCUGCCCCCCCCAGCUCUCCGGCCACCACCUCCAGCACCUCCACCCCCGAAAGUGAGCGCUCCAAUGAGGAUAAACCGGACCGGGCUUCUGCCGGAGCCUCCGCCUCCUCACACAGGAGGGACGAGGAGCCCGACGUGGAGGGAUAUGACUCCGACGACUCCACUACAUUGGGGACAUUGGACUUCAGUUUGCAGUAUGACCAGGAGAACAAUGCACUGCACUGCACCAUCAACAAAGCCAAGGGGCUCAAGCCGAUGGACCAUAACGGGCUUUCAGACCCUUAUGUCAAGUUGCAUCUACUGCCCGGAGCCAGCAAGGCCAAUAAACUCCGAACCAAGACCCUGCACAACACACUGAACCCCGUCUGGAGCGAGACCUUGACCUACUACGGCAUCACAGACGAGGAUAUGGUCCGAAAAACACUCAGGAUUUCCGUGUGUGAUGAGGACAAAUUCAGACACAACGAGUUCAUCGGGGAAACGAGAAUCCCCCUCAAGAAGCUGAAGCCCAACCAAAUCAAAAACUUCAACAACUGCCUGGAGAAACAGCUGCCGGUCAACAAGACAGAGGACAAGUCCCUGGAGGAGCGAGGACGCAUCAUGAUCUCUCUGAAGUACAACACCCAGAAGUCGUGUCUGGUGGUGGGGAUCAUCCGCUGCGCUCACCUCGCCGCCAUGGACGCCAACGGCUUCUCCGACCCCUACGUCAAAACGUACCUGAAGCCUGACGAGAACAAAAAGUCAAAGCACAAGACGACCGUGAAGAAGAAGACGCUCAAUCCAGAGUUCAACGAGGAGUUCUGUUACGACAUAAAAUAUGCAGACCUCACCAAGAAGACGUUGGAGGUGACGGUGUGGGACUAUGACAUCGGGAAGUCCAAUGAUUUCAUAGGUGGAGUAUCUCUGGGUAUCAAUGCAAACGGAGAGAGGCUCAAACACUGGUUUGACUGCCUUAAAAACAAGGACAAGAAAAUUGAGCGCUGGCACACGCUGACCAAUGAAUUACCCGGUUCAUUAAAUGACUGAAGACCCAACACCUGUCAUCCAAAAUGUCCCCCCCCCCCCCUACUCUCCUCUUGCUGCACCAGAUAGGACUCCUGCCUUCAUUUCCUCCUCCUUCUCCUCUUCCUCCCAGCUCUUCUUCUUCUCUGGAUUUUUAUGGUGUCGAUGACCUGCGACACCUCUUUGGGAAUUGAUUUCCUCUCAACAGGGCUCAGUUAAAAGUAUCCUUCAGUUUGUGUUUACAUGUACAGAAGGGGUUGCACUUGCAUUUCAGGAUCAAUCAACAAAAUGAAAACAUGGGGAUUGUGGUGUUGGAUGUUAAGCGCCCUCAUUGCGAUUUCUUUUAUAGUAAAGGCUAACUACAGCAGCUGAAUGAUUUAGGUUCAACUUGGUGGUUAAAGAGUGGAGGGUCCAAAGGAUGAGGCAACAUCUUACACUGUUGGUGUAUGCAGAAAUGGAAGAUGUUGCACUUUAAAUAUGAUUGUAAAACUGUUGGGGAGCCCUCACAACGUGCUGAAAACAAUCCGUUUGUUUUAGAAAUCUGGAUUAUUUACACUUUAAUUUGACUCCUUUGGCCAGGUGACAAUAAUGUCCUAACCCACUUAAAACACUGUACAAGUAAGGAGCUCAGUCUACUUCAAACUAACUAAAUCAAACAGUAAAUCUCCACAUGACAUGUUCAAGGUUGCUUGAAAUGAUG